UAAUUAAAAAAAAAAACAGGUGCAUGUUGGUUGUCAAUUUUUACUCUUUGUCAAAAUAAAUUAACUUAAUUAUUUUGUAUUACUCAAUUUGAUUGAAUCAAAUAUUAUUGUUAAAUUAUAAACAUUUUUAUUGGUGUAAAAAAUAAUUGGAAAUUGUAAUUAUUCUUGUUAUUAAAAUUUGGAGUAAAUCAUUUCCUUAUAAGGCAAUCCGGCUUUUGUGUGUGAUAAAAAACAACUCUCUCUCUGUGUUUAAUAAAAAAAAUAUAAAUUUAAAAUGGAAUCAUUAAUUCAGCAAAAAGUUUUGGAAGUUGCUAAUCAAGUUGAAAGACAACUUGAUGCUGAAUUGGAACAACUGGAAAAUUUAGAUGUUGAUGAUUUGGAAAGAUUAAGAGAAAAAAGACUUGAAGAAAUGAAAAAAGUCCAUCAACAAAAACAAAAUUGGAUCAGUAUUGGACAUGGUGAAUAUUCUGAAAUUCAAGAUGAAAAAGAAUUUUUCGAAAUAUCUAAAAAAUCAAAAAAUAUUGUUUGUCUUUUUUACAAAGAGGGUUCACCAAGAUCAAAAAUUGUUGACAUGCAUUUUAAUAUACUUGCUAAAAAACAUAUUGAAGCAAGAUUUGUCAAAUUAAAUGUCGAAAGAUGUCCAUUUUUAUGUGAACGUUUGAGAAUUAAAAUUAUUCCAACAAUUGCUUUGAUAUCAGACAGCAAAACCAAGGAUUACAUUGUUGGUUUUACUGAUUUGGGAAAUUGUGAUGAUUUUUCAACAGAAAUGUUAGAAUGGAGAAUUGCCCAAUCACGUGCAAUUAUUUACAAUGGUGAUUUAAUGACUCCACCAGAAAAAGGAAAGAAAAAUACAUCAAUUCUUGGACGUCCUAAAAAAUCAAAAACAAUCAGAGGUCGUGAUGAUGAUGAUUCUGAUUCUGAUUAUUAAAUAU